AUGAAAAAGUCAAAAAGUGCAGGCGAGCUUAAAGUGAGGGACAGCUCGAGAUACGCGAGGGACAUGGAACGUUCAUUCGCUGUUAUUUACCAUAAUCUAAAACGUAUACAAGACGAUAGACAACCGCAGAUAAAACCAUGUAGAAGGCACAGCGUACCUGCAAUGCCCAGUCUGGCCUCAGUGCAAAAACUAGACGAGACAACAUCCGAACAAAGGCGUAGGGAGUCUAAGGAAACGGCACCUUCUCCGAAUUUGAAGAAAAGACGAGUUAGUUUCUCUACUUUAAGCCAAACCAUUCCGAUAAGCUGUAGCUCAAGACCUGCAGAACAAGUGCCUGAUUUACUAGAAACGGAUAGUUGUGAUAAAGCUUCAACACGUAAAGCGUCAUCUUAG